CUCAUGUUGAUAUUGUGCGUCUUAUUGCCUGUUCCGGAGUCACUGCUACUUUCCACUGUCCUUUGCAUACUGCCCUCAUUUCCUUUAUGGAUGCUUAGCAUUGUCCAUAGCUGAAGAAUAGAGUUUUGAAACCCGGAAUCUGAACACCAUACUGGUACCAUAUUCAUACCCCAGCGCUGAGUGAUCAACCAACCCCACCGAAGGUAAGUUUAGGUAACCACUUGCAGCCAUGACCCACCCCACCACCAUCACCAGCACCACCACCGACGACUCGGAAGUCGAAAUUGGAACCACCACCGCCACCAAAGAUGAAGAUGACGAUAAAGAAUUUACCUUCACCGUUGCGAUCACCGCCCUCCCGCCGCCCGCCACCCUCUCGCAGCUAACCAACUCCAUCCGGCACAACACCCGUACGCUGCGAAACCGGCUACACUCAAUCGCCCAUGACAGCGCCUUCGUCAGCAGCGUUUCCGCCGCCUACGGGCUGCCACUGCUCCCCAACCUGCGGGCGGGGGACUGGUACAUCCCUUCCCCGCAGCGCACCCCGACAUGCGUGUACUUCAAAUCCACCGACGGUCACACCAACGAGUGGUCCUUCUCCUUACGGCGUUUGAACCUGCACCUCCUCCCGUUCAUCGCCGCGCACGACGGCGCAUGCAUCGUCGACUCCACACGGCGCGGCAAGCGCUUCCCGGACGCGCUAUCCAAGACGCUGCCGAUCUGGAUCGCGGUCGUCAACCGCCUGCUGUUCCCGGGGGUGCCUGGUGCGGGGACGGGGGAGCUACAUACCACGCCGCUGGCGGUGGCGGAGUCGGAGCGCGCGGCGAUCGAGCGCCGCAUCGACGGCUGGGUGGAGGAGGCACGGAGGACGCUGGCCGGGCGAGAGCUGCCAGUGCUGCACAAGCCGAUAAGGCCCAUCUUUGUUACACCGCUGUCGCCGCUGCCUGAGGCGCCGCCAAGGUUUGAGGGAUUCUAUCCCCUGGUCCUGAUCACGGCUAGUCGUGUCGUCGGUGGUACCGGCGUCGAGGGUGAGUAUAUCCAGGGCGCCGGCGACGACCAUGAGGGCUGGACCGGGACUUCGGGGCUGACGCCGGCGAUCUUCUGGGGGGAGUGGCAUGCGCGGAUUAUGGCGGCGGGGGAGGACGAUAUCGACGAUGUCGUCGCGGCGGCGGUCGCCGCGGAGACAUCCGCCGACGCCGGAGGGGAGGUGGUACGGAUCGAGCCCACGAGCUGCGUUUACAUAGCCCCGCGCACCGCGCUGUUGCCGGAGGAGGGGCUGGUCGUCGACUGCUGCGAGACGCAGCUGCAGGGCUGCGGCAACGCAGUCCACGUGCCGAUUCCGGCGGGCAAGCGCGGGAAUAAGGCGCUGCGAACGCUGGUGCCGCCGCUGAUGCCGCUGCUUAGGAGGACCCUGGCGGAUGGCGGGAGCGUCACGUUUGUGUGCGACAGUGGUGACGACGUGGCUGCUGCAGUCGCCGUCGUGUGCUUGUGCUCGUUCUUUGAUGGCGAGGGGAAUUUUGUUGACAACGAGGGAAGGAAAUUUGCGGUUGAUAAAUCGCUGGUCAAGCAGCGACUGGCGUGGAUCUCGGCGGCAAGGCCCAUGGCGAAUCCUGCGAGGGGGCUGAUGAGCGCUGUGAACUCGGUGCUGAUGGGCUGGGAGUAGGCUGGGAUACGGGAUGUCACUCAUCUGUAGCAUACCGGGUUUUUUUUUCUAGGAGGAGUAGGACUGUUACAUCGGAUGGACCACUGUCUUGCGUGGAUAGGAUAAUCGGAGUGCGGUGUAUGUUUUGCUAUUCUAGCUGCCUAAGUUACAUGCAAUCAAUGCGGAAACAAACCCCCCUCCCUCCCCCUACAAAAAAAAG